GCCUUCAACUAAACGGACCUGUCACAUCAACUCCCAGGAAAGACGGUUCCAGCACACUGAAGUCCUCAUCUGGGCAGCUGGAGUGAACGGAAUGGGUUGAUUAAGGGACAUGUUGGAGUGCGCUGCCUUGUGAAGAUGUAAAUAUCCCGCAGUGGCAUUCCCUCUCCUGGUGUUUUAAUGUGCUCAGGUCUGUCCCAGCAUUCCAGUCCCAAAAAUCAAGGAGGCGGAGAAAAGCAGCACGAAAUUUCCUCAUCAAGUUAUGGAUUAAAUGUCGAAUUUCUGAAGGCAACAUGAUUUUGUCCUCUCUCACUUUGGUGCUGAUGGUCGGCUAUGCUCGCUUCUGGACCACAAUUGCUGAAAAAGAAAUAAAGAAGAUUGAAGAACAGGAUGUUGUUCUACCAUGUCAGCAUAGGUUUGGUCAUUUAGUUACAAAGAACCUGGAUAUUGAGUGGCUUUUACAAGACUCUGAACCAAAUCAGAAAGUGGUAAUCACUUACUCAUUGGGUUCUGUGUAUGAGAACUUAAGUGCAAAGCAGAGAGGAAGAAUCUCCUUUGCGGCAGAUUACAUGAUGGGCGAUGCUUCCAUUAAAAUUUCUUCCCUGCAGGCAACAGAUUCUGGACUGUAUACAUGCAAAGUGAAGAAUGCAGGAGAGUAUGAUUGGAAGCCUGCUAUUAAUCUUGUGGUUUUGGUCAGACCUUCUAAACCCAAGUGCUGGACCCAAGGGCAGUUAUUGCAAGGAAAUGACGUCAAACUUCAGUGUAGAUCAGAGAAAGGCACUGAACCUAUCCUCUACAGGUGGGAACGUCUUUUGGAUGCAGAAGGACAGAAGGCCAAAUUUCAAACCCGUUCACACAUAGAUUCAAGAACUCCAGAAAUGCUGCUGCUGAGGAACUUGAGCCACACAAAUUCUGGGGUGUACCAAUGCAGUGCCACAAAUGAGGCAGGGCAGGAAAGCUGCUCUGUGAACAUCACAGUUACGUAUGCAAAAGACCCUGGUAUCAUUGCUGGUGCUGUUAUUGGAGUUAUGCUUGGGCUGCUGUUAAUCUUCCUUAUUGUUUGGUUCACACUGUACAGGAAAGCAAAGCAUAAAUAUGAGGAAGAGGAACAACCAAAUGAGAUAAGGGAAGAUGCUGAGGCACCAAAGGCAAAGCUUAGCAGCACACAAUCCUCAGUAGGUACUGGGAGCACACAGUCUGGCUCCUGCUCAGUUAAGUCCAUCAGAAACGGCACCCCUUACUCCCAGCAACCUCGCACACCAUCAGCCAAAGAAGAAAAGAUGCUCAUUUCUUACACAUCAACAGAGGAAGUCAAGAUCAACAAGAAUGGACCAACACAGGCACAUAUGAAACGAAUGGGAGCAGUCCCUGUUAUGAUACCAGCUCAAACCAAGGCUUUUCAGACUGUGUGAAUAUAGUUUGGUUGGGAAAGGGAAAUGUUUUACUGAGACAUUAGGGAGCCUUCGCCAUUUGGAGGAGAUACUCAUCUUUGGUUGCCUGAGCUGAACUUAUGUGAUGAUAUCAGCCACUGAAUGAACUCACCUGUGUACAUUUGGUUCUAUUGACUUCAGUGGAACAGGAUGCUGGGAGGGGAAUAUGAUUGGUAUCAAAUUGGGUUUAUUGCUGGCAAACAAAGAUGGAUUUCUCCCAUUAAAUUUAAGGCAGGACAGUGAAACUUCCCCACCCAUGUUUCCAAUGUUGACAUGAGAAAAUUAUGCUGAACAAACUGGGUGGAAUUACCUAAACCAGACAUCAUCUCAUAUACUGACUGGAUUAGGGAAAUGUAUCCAGAAAAUCCAGAUAUCUUUUGAACAGAUAAAUCUAGUUUGCACAUCAUUGUUUCUAGCCAGGCUUCUAAUUUUGCCCGAGCUCCAUAUGGAUAGGAUGAAAUUUUGUGGGAUAUGUUGUUCUGAGCUGGGUAAGUGAUGCUCUCAAUGUUUCAGAGUGUUAUUGAAAGACGAGGGGAGGUGGUUGGCAUUUUAUAAUAGUUUGCUUUCUAGAGUGAAUGUAAAAGGUGCCAUGGUACUAUUUCAAGAGAAUUAUCACUGGUGUCCUGGCCAAUAUUUAUCCCUCAGACAACAUUACCAAAAAAAAACAGAUAUCUGGUUACUAUCACAAUACAGUUAGUGGGAGCUUGUUAUGCACAAAUUGCCGACUGCAUUUCCGACAUUACAGAUGACUACAAUUUAAAAGUAGUCAUCUGUAAUGUAGGAAAUGCAGUAGGCUGUUGGCUGUAAAGUACUUUUAAAUGACCUGAGGCUAUGAAGGGCACCACAGGAAUCCAAGUUUUUUUCUGUCUUUCUUUUCUACUUUAUUCUGAUCUGCAACUGGAUCUAAUUUUGCAAAGAAUGCCCUGGAAUCCUCCAUUGUGAAGAUUCCAGAUCAUCCCGGUGGUUAGCCCAUUCCCAAUAUGUUUCUUACAUAUUUACAGUCAGUUCCAUAUGAACUGAUAAUGGACAACCUUCUUGUCUGUCUCAUUCCUGUGCAUGUACUAGAAUUCCUUGGUAAUUUCAGGCUGUCGACAUUUAGCACUUGCACACAAAAAUGCAAACUAAGGGAGAAUGACCUUUGAACUAGGCAUCUGCAAUAAGCUGUUUAGUACAUUUUUUCAUAUUUUAAAAUUAAUGUUUAUAUAAUAUACAAGCAGCAGAACAUUGCUAAAUCUUGGUUUCAUCAUAAUAGUGACAUGGGAGGAUAUUGGUAAUUGGGAGCAAAUUUCCUUGAAAUGAUAAAAAUUCAAAUGAAAUUAUGUCAGUUCAUCUUAGGUGUAUGCAUUGGCACAUUACGUUUGUGUGAACUUAAUCUGUCGAGUGUAUGCUGCACAAUUAAAUAAGGAACACAUUUAUUUAUAAACCAAAAGCAAAAUAUUGCAGAUGCUGGAGAUCUGAAAUAAAAACAGAAAAUGCUGGAAAUGUUCGGCAGUCGGGCAUCAUGUAUGGAAAGAUUGAGUUAAUGUUUCUGAUUGAUGACCUUGCAUUAGAAAUUUAUCACCUUGAAAUAUUAACUCUGUUCCUUUCUGCAUAGACACUGCUUGAUCUGCUUGGUAUUUCUAGCAUUUUUUGUUUUCAUUUGUUUAAUUUUACUUGGCUUUGUCCACUGUAGUUUUUAAUAUACUGAAUAUCUUUUCUUUGAAUAUAAGGACAGACACAUUCUGCACUCAUCAGACUGUGCUGUCUUUCCUAUCACAUGCAUUAUGAUCACCUUGAAUAUCUUCAGUGCUCAUUCGUGAGUGAGCUUGAAUCCUACAUCUCAGCAGGUGCAACAAAAGGCUGGUGAUUUCAUUAUUUGGAAAAAAAUUAGAUAAUUAAUUCCCCCUAGCCUAUUCCAUGAUUCUACAAAAUCUUGACUUGAUGUGUAGCUCUGAUUUCUUUUGUCCAUGAUCCUAACAACAAUCUUUUGUAUAAUUCCCUUUACUCUUUGGUUUUAGUACCUGAAAAAAUGCUACACUAUAUGCCCUUAAUGUUGUUUUGGAAGACUUAAGUGCACUUUGUAGUUGGCUCAUUAUCAUAUAAUGGUGUUUUUUUUUCCCAUUCUCUCUUUAUCCCGUCAGGAAUUUAAAAAAACCUUGUAGCUAUCUUUUCCAAAUAAUUCAUUAUAUCAGGUGGAUAGAUAUCAUACUUAAAAGCUAUGGACUGUGAUUAAAAAUAUUAUAGUUUUUUAUUGUUUAGGGAAAUGGAUAUGUGGUGAUAAAAUUAGGGUUAUGUUUUAUAUUUUGUUGCUUACUAUAAACCAAAAAUGCUGGAGAUACUCAGCAGGCUAUGUAGCAACUGAUGAAAGGUCAUCCACCUGAAAUAUUAACUCAAGUUUCUCUCUCCAUAGAUACAGACUAACACAGAGUCUGAGAGUCAUACGGCAUGGAAACACUUAGCCCACCACAUCCACGCGGACCAGUGGGCACCCAUCUGUAUUAAUCUCAUCUUCCAGCAUUCCACAGUCUUCUAUGCCUGGGCAAUUCAAGUACUCAUCUGGACACUUCUUAGAUGCUGUCAGCAAUUCCUCUUCCCCCUCUCUCUCUUCGGCAGUGCAUUCCAGGUACUUGCCAUUCUCUGGGUGGAAAAGGUCCCCCGCAGAUCCCCUCUAAAUCUCUUACCCCUUACCCUAAAUCUAUAUCAUCUAGUGUUAUCUACCUCUGAUAUGGGGAAAAGUUUCCUGCAGUCUACCCUAUCUAUUUUCUAACUUUAUACACCUCAAUCUUGUCCCCUGUUAAGCUUCACUGCUCCAGAGAAAACAGACUGAGCUUCUCCAGUUUCUCAUAACUGAAACAUUCCAUCCCUGGAAAACCCUGGUGAAUCUCCCCUGCACCCUCUCCAAUGCGUUCAUAUCUUUCCUAUAGUGGGGUGACCAGAACUACAUGCAAUGCUCCAGCUGAGGUCUGAUGAAUAAUUUAGAAAGUUGGAGCAUGACUUCCCUGCUCUUGCAUUCAGUGUCUUGACUAAUGAAGACCAGUAUCCUGUAUGCCUCCUUAACCACAUUAUCUACCUGCCUCACCACCUUCAAGGAUCUUUGAACUUGUACAUCAAGAUCCCUCUGUUCCUCAAUACUCCCAAAAACAACUCUCUACCAUCACCCUCUGUUUCCUUUUACAAAGCUGAUUUUGGAUCCAAUUUACCAAAUUGCCCUGGAUCCCAUGGGAUCUUUUGGACCAGUCUCCCAUGUGGGAUCUUGUCAAAGGCCUUACUUAACUAUUUAACCACAUCAACUGUACUUCCCUCAUCAAUAGCUUGUACCUCUUCAAAAAGUUCAGUCACAUUGGUCAGACAGGAUAUGCCCAUGACAAAGCUAUGCCGGCUAUCUCUGAUUAAUCCCUGCCUUUCCAAGUGAUCAUUAAUAACUUCCCUACUACUGAUGUUAGGCUAACAGGUCAUUAAUUAUCAGGCUUUUUUUCCCUUUUGCAAAAGGGGACUACAUUUGCCAUCCUCCAGAUACCUGGUAUCUCACUCGUGGUACAAAGAGCCAGAUCCCCAGCAAUCUCUUCCCUUGCCUCCCAUAGCAGCAUGGGAUAAAUGCCUUCCGGCUCUGGGAAUUUGUCCACCUUUAAGUCCGCUAAAGCAUUGAGUACUCCUAUUUAUUUGUCUAGACUUUUGUCUUCCCCUUUGCUGAAUCCUCCAACUACAAAGUCUGUUUCAUUUGUGAAUACUGAUGAAAAGUACUCAUUUAGGAACUCACCAAUACCUUCUGGCUCCAUGCACAGAUUGUCCAGUUGUUCCUAAUGAGCCCAACUCUUGGUUAUUCUUUUGCCCUUAACAUACAUAUAAAACAUUUUUGAAUUUACCUUAACCUAAUCCACCAGUGAUUUUUGUAAACCGUUUGCCUUCUUCAUUUCCUUUUUAAGUGCCUCCCUACACUUUUUAUACUCUUGACAGGCCUCCCCCGUCUUUACUUCCCUAUACCUGCCAUAUUCUUCCUUUUUAUCUUUAUUCAAUCCUCUAUAAACCUUCCUAAUAAAUCCAGAAUUUUCCAGUUUCUAUGGCUUUCUUCUUGUGAUUGUUUGAAAGUGGCACAAAUCAUAAAGGAUUGUCCAAAAUGGACGACCCUGGUAAAUAAAAUGACACAUGCAAAAUUACAUAGAAUUUACAGUACAGAAAUGGACUAUUCAACUCAGCUGGUCUGUGGCAGUGUAUUUCCAUAUGAAUCUUCAUCAUCCCUACAUAUUCAAAGCCAAUCUGUGUCCAUCUAUUCCUAUCCCCCUUAUGUUGCUUCAUGUUAAAGGAAUUUAUGAGGCUUACUUCAAUCUCUCCAAGUGGUAGCAAGUUCCACAUUUUAACCACUCUCACAAGUUUCUCCUGAAUUCUUUUGUAGACUUGUCAUUCACUGCCUUGUAUUUAUGACCAUUACCUUUGGAACAAAACAAAAUCACUAUUAAUAUAAAAAUGCCCAUUAACGAUAAACGUUAGGUUGGAUUAUGCUGCUCUAACGUCAGUUAUGUUAUUAACUGCUUUGUGAUCUCAUUUGUGUUCAGAAAGUAUGUCUUGCAACAGAACUGUUGAGGGCAAUAAAAUGUCUGGUGACACUAUUGCAUCUUAAUCAUGUAGGUAUUAUCUGCUAACUCUGGGACAUAUUAUUUGCCUUAAUAACAGCAAUGAAAGAUAAUGAGCUAUUGCGGAGGCACUUGAGACUUUGUCAAGCUGUCUAAUAGCACCUGGAAGUAAAUCUCUAGGAAAUACUGAUGACAGUUGUGUAAUAAUCGAUGGCAAUGAUCAAUGGAAACCCACCUGUCUCUCAUUCACUCUACUGGUCUUUCCUUAGUCAGUUAUCAUGAAGUUCUUGCCUUCAAGUUCCAAAAGGAAACUUCAUUGUCCUCUACAUAUGAUCUAUAAUUGUUUCAAACUCAGAAAAGGGCUACACUUGACAGACAUUGCACCUCUCUCCAUUUAACAAAAGUAUGUGGUUCAACUUACAUUUUGGUUGAGAAAAAGACACCGAAAUUGCUCUCAAAAUAAUGGUGAGGUUCAUGGUGCUCACUUUUACUGAAAGUCAAAUUCACAGCAAAUUCAGGCAAGGUACACAGUUUAAUGUGGACAUGUAAAAGUUUCUAUUCAAGAUGUGCUUCUCUGCUGUAUUGCUGUUAGUUUAGGAAAAUGGCAUCUUAUUUCCUUUGGGUCCCUUUUCAAGUUCAUUGAAGGACAUUGUGUCUUCAUAUUUGCACAGUAAAUUCAAAGUUAUCUCGGUAUAGAAAAUUAAGUGAGGUUAUUUCAAAUCUUAACAGCUUUAUAACAGUGUGAUAAAUGGCUAUUGACUGCCAGUCAACCUUGCUGGCACUAAGAAUAACUUGUUUACACAUUGGAAUCCCGUUCCUUCAGGUUUUAGUUGACUCAGAUUAUUUUAUUUCAGAUUUAUUUUUCUUUUGGCGUUUUUUUUUCUUCUAAGCUGUUGUUUUUCUCUUUAUUUCUCAUCUUGUUCCAGCUUUGACAUUGAAUUUACUACACUAACUUUCCUUUUACAUCUUCCACUGUUCAUUUUACAAUCCUUCAUUCUGAUUGAUCGCUUAUGGAGGCACACCCUAGCUUGCCUCUUCAUUCAGAUCCCAGGUGCUGCCUGGGUGAGAUCAAGCUGCCCUUCUAAGAAACCCAGCAACAUGUGGAGGAAAAUGCCAGUGAUCAAAUGUUAAGGGCAAGUUCAAUGGGUAAUAUAUGUUUCAUAGAUCAAACGUCUACUUGUUUCUGAAGUUAACAAUUAACCUGAUCUUUGACAAUUACCUGUUAUUCUGUACUAUUGGUUUAAAAUGGUCCAUUUGGAAAGGAAAAUGGAUCGGCAUGAACCACACUACAUAUUUUUCAAUUAUAGACGAGGAAUGAGCCUUAGGGUGGCCAGGUGAUGCAUCAGUGAUGCUGCUGCCUCAUUGCUUCAGCAACCCAGGUUCAAUCUUAACAUCUGCUGCUGUGUGGAGUUUGCAUGUUGUUUGUGUGACUCCGGAGUUUUACUCGGGUGCUCUGGCUUCCUCCCACAUCACAAAAGCAUGCUGGUUCAUAAGUUAAUUGGCUACUGUAAAUUAUCCCUAAUGCACGUGGGCGAUAGGAAAAUCAGGCUGGAGUUGAGAGAUAAUAGGUUACAGGGAAAUGAGUAGGGGAAGGGAAUUGCUCUAUGAGCCCGCACAGACUAAUUGUCCAAAAUGCCCUCUUCUGCCAUAAGGAAAUAUGGGAAAUGUAGGAUUAGUUGUGAGGAAUGUUGAUGUACUAAAAACAGUGUGAAAGCACCUGGGAAGCACAUAACUGUUGAGUUUGGGAAUUUGUUUAUUCAACUUAUGUGAUACGGUGCAGCAUAUUGGAAUUCAGGGACAUGGGCCAAAUAUAGUUAAGAACCUCUGUGCUUGUGUCAUUCACACAGAAUGAACAUCCUUCAAAGCAGAUGUUUAGCACUUACUAUGAUUCACAAUGUAACAACCAGGGAAGCUUUAAUGUGCAGAUUUUUUAAAAUAUGUUUCUAUAUCAUUCUUAACAUAAUUUAACAAUGAAGGGAAUUAUGCAAAAAUGAAGUUUUGCAUAAAAUGACUUUUUUAAAAUAUCCAAGACACAUAUUCAUGCAUAUUACAAAAAUAAAACAUGGGCUUAUAAACAAUUCUUUUACCUUCAGAGGCAUGCAUACAUAUGACCAUGUCACAGCACUUUGGGAGUAUACAAUUCUGCUCAAAAGGGACAUGUAAGCUCACUGUUCUGCACAGACAAUUUCUGGCAGUUUUAUUUUUACUUGUAUUUAAACAGUUAGGCAACUUUCUGCAAAUAUUUUCUUAAUGUUUCUUUUAAAAACUGCCAAUUUCUAUCAGUUUUUUUAUUCAUGAGAGAAAUUCUGAAUGCAGCAAUUGUUAACAUUUAUAUAGAAUCCAUUGGCUCAUUGCCUUUUACAAACACUGCAUUUCCUUCAGUGGAGCCAAAAUGCAAAGCCCACUGUGCCCUGUCUAAUUCUAUGAAGCAGAAUUGGGUAAUUGUGGUCAUUGAAUGGGUUGUAUUUAAGUAGCCAAUUGAAUUAUUUACAGUUAAAAAACUGUUGGAGAUUUCUUUUGUGUUCGAGCUGAUGCAGAGUAAAGUUUAUUCAAUUGGUUUUCCUUACUUCAUCAACUGUAGGAUUGAACAAUGUUAAUCACUAGUCAGGUGGUUAUCUGUGAUUUUUUUUGCAGUUUUGUUUUAAAGGUAAAAUUGGUGCAUCAUUUUUAGUUAAAAUGGAUUUAAAGAGAAAUCAUUGUAUAUAUCAGUCGUGAUCUCUAAAAAGGGAAAUAAUGCCAAAACACAACUCGCUAUCAGAAUGUAAUGGUUCCAUGAUCAUGAAGAACCAAAUCACUAUGUUACUUAAUCAUUCUCUGCUUCCUAUUCCAUGUGUUGUCAGGAACACUGUUCAACUGUAUAACAUGUAUGAAAGUUUUCUUCAAAUGUACUACAAACUUAUUUUAGCUUUUAAAAUAUGUUCAAUGACUACAUGCUUUAUAAUAAACUGAAACAACCUAAAGUAAACAUAAGUCACAUGUUUGUGAAAAAUUAUAGGUUUUAGAAUAUUAACUUUAUUUUUCCCUUUCUUAACAUUCUCCCCUCACUGAAGCGUAUGGAGACAUGAGAAUGGGCUGGUGGUCUAAUGUUGGUCAUUGGCCACUGGUAUGCACACAAGAUAAUCAAAAUUUCUUUCCCCCCUCCCCAAACCAACCCCAGCCUAAGUGAAUGCACCAGGCUCCAUAUCAGACAAGUGAAUUUAUGUACCACCCUGUGUGGCAUGGGUUGUUGCAGCAGCAGUGCGCAGAGAAUACACAAUGCCUAGGAUAUCAGCUGCUGCAGAUUUAAUGUGAAGCAUGUUUACAUUUGGAUUUAAAAUGUACAAAUGGAAGAGUAGGCAAAGAGUUUAAAAAGUGAGCAGUAGAGAGAAAAAUGAAAACUGUGAAUGAUGAAAAUCUAAAAUCAAAAAAUACUGUAAUGUACAGCAGGCCCAUUGAUAUCUGAAAAGAACUCAGCAGAGGCUGACAGACAUGACUAUUCUAAAAGGCCUUUAUUUAAAACAUCAAACUAUAUUUUCUUUUUAGUUGUUGAUAAGUCUGCUCCAUGUUUCCAUGUUAUUUUUAUUUUGUGCAUGUAUUAUUGAAUCUUUUGAACAUUCCUAUGUUUGUAUCACAUCAAAAAACACUUUAGGAGCACAUUAUUUCAGUUUUUAAAUGUAGUACAGACUUGUAAUGUGUAUUUUAUCUUUUGAUCUUAGUCAUCUUUUUGAUAACCAAUAUUCUAGAGCAAGGUUUUGAACUCUCCUACCAGAUGUACAUGACAGCUUUGUAUUGGCAUAUUCACGUACCAAGGGAAAAUAAUAAAACGCCUUUCCACAUCUUACAAUUUGUAGCCAAUUAGUCCAACAGUUGUAGUUGUGGAACCUAGGGAGACAUUAAUGUAAUUAAAUAAAACCACAUCAUAAGCUUGUGCUAACAAUACUAGAUAAAUUCCUCAAGACAACAAAGAGUCUAUUUCAAUUAGAUGCAAGUUAUUAUAGUUUAAAAUGAAUAAGACAUAAAAAAUAUAUAAUUGGAACUAAAAUUCAACAAAAAAAUGAACAGGGAGAUGCUCAGGAAUUUAAAUAUACCAGUGUUUGGAGGGGCAUAUGCAUGUAUCUGUAAUGUAAUGGGAAAACCUGCAUGCACAUCUAAAACCUCGAGUUACACAAAUUUUUUGUACAAUUAGGCAGAUCCAUGCUCUUGCUUGCCACCCGCCUCCCCCACCCUCCUCCUUGUGAAUGGUGAACCGGUGUUCUUUGGUUCAGGAAUUCUAUUUAUCUGCUAUUCUUUAUGUAGUAUUUCAAACAGCAAGUUUAAAUGAAGCAUUGUAAAUAUAACUUGCAUUUCAGUCAAAGUAAACCACUAACAUUCAUUGGAUACUGUGAAUGUUUUAUUUGGUUAGAUACAAAAAUAAACAGACAAUUACAAUAUUUCUUGCUGCAAAAAAAACUUAUUCAGUCCUAACUAAUAAUCAUAUGUGGAAAGGACAGGGAAAUCGCAGGAUGUAUGAAUGGAGCUGUAAUUUUCUUAUCAAAAUUAAACACCGCUAAAUGUUAAAAGGGUUAAAGAAAAUGCUGUAAUUCUGUGGUACGAUGUUUCCUUUUAUAGUUCUGUGUUUGAAGUUUUCUUCUCCCUAAAGAUGCUUCAUUAGUAAAAUUAAAGGCACUUCAACCUUCAAGGGAUCAUCUUUGAAUUGUCAUACACAAUGCACGCUCACAUUUCAAUGCAGAGUAUGACAUGAAAGUAAUAACACUGUUUCCUGCAUAAUGCAGCACAAAUGAAAGUUUCUCAUUUCAAGUGCAAAUGUAUAUUUUUGUAAUUUACCACAGCAUUUUCUGCUUUGGAUGUUGUAAGUAUUC